AUGGCUCCACAUGAAGGGGAACGCCAGUUUGAGACAUUUGAUCUAGACUCUGAACCCGAUCAGCGUCGCAGCUCCGAGAGACAGGUUGUUGAUCUCACAGCGGAGUCCGACUCAGAUGACGUUGUACCCAUCUUUCCGAAGUCGCAGUCCGUAAUAGGAUCUGACACGGAUGAUGAGGCGGGUGAUGAUGAUCAAUAUGAUGAAGACCUAAAGAGAGCUAUCGCGCUCUCGUUGCAAGACGCUCAAGGAGGAUCGCAGAACGCCUCUAGUUAUCCACAAAUUAGCGACUCUGAGAAAGGGGAGCCCCAAGGCACUGAUUCUCCCUCAGUAGAAGAGGUCGAAGAGAAGACAAACGGCCAAGAACCUGCUAAAUCCAUGGGUAUCUUCGGUCUCGAUCGCAAGCAGAUGGAGCAAGAGCGUCUCGCACGACUUGCUAAGAGAAAGGCCGAGGAUACUAGCUCCAUUGAUCUCCGUGAGACUAAGCACUCGAAGAUCGACUUAGCUCCAAAGCCCACUCCUACAAGUUCUAGGUCGAUCCCAUCUACUUCACCGUCGGUUCAAUAUCCAGAGGGUAUUGUCAAAAAGACAUGGGCUUUUGGAUGUCCCCGGCAAGGGGACGAUAUCAAGAUUGAAGAGGUCUUGCAGAAGUCUGAUCUGGAGCUUGCGGUCUUGAGCUCAUUCAUGUGGGAGAUGGAUUGGCUGUUCAGUAAAUUUAAUGUUGAGAGUACUCGUUUCAUUAUGGUCAUGCAGGCGGAGGAUGAGGCUACAAAACGUCAGUACGAAUCAGAGACGGCUACCAUGCGGAACUUGCGGUUAUGCUUCCCACCAAUGGGUGGGCAGGUCGUUUGCAUGCACUCAAAGUUGAUGCUGCUCUUCCACCCUGGAUAUCUUCGCCUCGUGGUACCGACAGCUAAUCUAACCCCAUUUGACUGGGGUGAGAUGAACGGAGUCAUGGAGAACAGCGUCUUUCUUAUUGACUUACCGAAAAAGAAUGGCGCCGAGAAGCCAACAACCCAUUUCUACGAAGAUCUGGUUCAUUUCCUCAAAGCCAGUACUCUUCAUGAGAACGUCAUCGCUAAGCUUGACAGCUUUGACUUUAGCAAAACAUCGAAAUAUGCCUUUGUUCACACCAUCGGUGGCUCUCACACAGAUACUGCAUGGAGACGAACAGGCUACUGCGGCCUAGGUCGUGCAGUGGAAAGAAUGAACCUUCGUACAUCAGUACCACUGAACAUCGACUUCAUCGCUUCCUCUGUCGGCGCUAUAACAGACCAAUUCCUCCGCUCCUUGUACCUCGCUUCACAAGGCGACGACGGCCUUACCGAAUUCACAAUCCGCUACUCCAAAUCAUGUCCUGUCCCCCGACGCGACGAUCCCUCCAAACUCCUCAAGAAAGACACAGGCACCGAAUGGAAAGACCGAUUCCGUCUCUACUUUCCUUCCCAGAACACCAUCGCAACUUCAAAAGGUGGUCCUCGCUGCGCAGGCACCAUCUGCUUCCAAUCAAGAUGGUAUAACGGAGAAAACUUCCCACGCCAUAUACUCCGAGACUGUGAAAGUCAAAGAAAAGGCUUGUUAAUGCAUAACAAGAUCCUCUACGUCCGCCCCGAUGAACCCAUCCCUCUAUCAGAAUCAACCCAAUGCCGCGCAUGGGCAUACAUCGGAAGUGCCAAUCUAUCCGAAAGUGCCUGGGGCCGCCUCGUCCAAGACCGCUCAACAAAAUCUCCCAAGCUGAACUGCCGAAACUGGGAAUGCGGCGUAAUAGUCCCCGUUAUCGAAGACAAGACGGAUACCCCAGAGGUCAAGAAUAAGAUGAUAUCCGAAGAUAAAGGUAAAGGUAAAGGCAAAGCCUCUGAAUCAUCUUCAUCAUCUUCAUCGUCAACCAAUAAUGAUGACGACGACGGGAGAAACCUCCCCGCUAUAUUCGGGGAUACUGUUCCGGUUCCGAUGCGGGUGCCGGGGGCGAGGUAUAGUGGGGGGAGGAAGCCGUGGUUUUUUGCGGAGAGUCAGAGUUGAUGUUGGACCCGAGUGGUGAGUUAGGACGAAGGUGUGAGUGGUUUGUGUUUUACUGGUCUGGAUGUUGUUCUUGAUAGGGAUAAGGAGUUUGUGAAAUAUGUUGUGUAACAAAAAAAUGAUCUAACCCAAUCUGAUACACAUUCCCUAC